AUGCGGAAUGGCUGUGACCUCAUCUUAGAGGUUUCUCCGGAGGUCCGGAAAAAAGUAAUGGUGCAAGAAUACGUCUAUAUCGGUUGGAAGAGAUGUGCAGUUACCGAUCAUCUUCAAAUUGUGCAAUGCUAUAAGUGCUCAGUGUUUGGUCAUACUGAUAAGCAGUGCAGAUAUGCAUCUGCUAGGUACCCUUCUUGUUCCGGAAAUCAUUGCUUAAAAUAA